AUGGCUCAUGUUGACCGCCUCGCAAAUACCCACGUCCUCGUCUUUGGCGGCACGUCAGGUAUCGGAUAUGCCAUCGCCAACAUGGCCCUCCACUACGGCGCACGCGUGACGAUCUCCGGCUCCGGACAAGCAAAAGUCGACACCAAGGUGGAAAAAUUGCGCUCUCUAUAUCCCAACACGCCAGCCUCCAACGUGGCCGGCUUCGCAGCCGACCUCCUCGACAAGGAAAACCUCGAGAAGAACCUAAAGAGCCUGCUUGACCAGGUGACAAACGGUGGCAAGAAUAAAGUCGACCACAUUGCCUUCACAGCAGGUGACCAACUAUCGCUCCCUAAAGUGCAGGAAGUCACCAUAGAGACGGCGCUGCACGGCUUCACGGUGCGGUUCCUUGCCCCGGCCAUCAUUGCGAAACUUCUCUCUACAGGCGCGUACAUGCCGGUCUCUGCCAAUAGUUCCUUCACCCUCACGGGUGGCACUAAUACGCACCGACCGAUGCCAAACUGGACCUUCGCUGCUGCCAUAGGGGCCUCGGUCGAGGGUCUUACGCGCGGUCUUGCGGUAGAUCUGAAGCCCAUCAGAGUGAAUGUCGUGCUGCCGGGUGCGAUUCAUACCGAGCUGUUCCAGGGCUUGUUGGAUGUGAGUACACCGGAAAAAAUAGCGGGCUUGAAGAAAGGGUUUAGUCUGUUGGAUGCCUUUGGGCAGCCGGAGGAUAUUGCUGAGGCGUAUGCGUGGAUCAUGCGUGAUCGGUUUGCGAAUGGUGGGUUAGUGACGAGUGAUGGUGGGAGGCUGCUUGUGGGCACCGAGAGCCUGGGCUGA